GUCCUAAGCAAGAAGAAGCUAAGCUAGCUAGCUGUGAUCGGAGAGGUAUACAGUGAUCAGUUUGAUUGUGAAUUUGUGAUCGCCAUGGCUGCAGCUUCGUCUACUACGACUCGUUUUUGCCUUCUCCUUGCGCUCGUCCUGCCGAUGAUUUCCUCCGCCGCCGCCGGCGACGACGCGCUGCCGCUGCCCAUGACACCGUCGUACUACCGCAAGUCGUGCCCAACACUCGAGGCCAUCGUGCGCGGCACCAUGCUCAGUGCCAUCAAAGCCGAGCGCCGGAUGGGCGCCUCCAUCCUCCGCCUCUUCUUCCACGACUGCUUCGUCCAGGGUUGCGAUGCAUCGAUUCUUCUCGACGACGUGCCGUCGAAGGGGUUCGUCGGCGAGAAGACCGCGGGGCCCAACACCAACUCCAUCCGCGGCUACGAGGUCAUCGACAAGAUCAAGGCCAACGUCGAGGCCGCCUGCCCCGGCGUCGUCUCCUGCGCCGACAUCCUCGCCCUCGCCGCCCGCGAAGGCGUCAACCUGCUCGGCGGGCCGAGCUGGGAGGUGCCGCUGGGGCGGCGCGACUCGACGACGGCGAGCAAGAGCGAGGCGGACAGCGACCUGCCGGGGCCGUCGUCCAGCCUCGCCGACCUCGUCGCGGCGUUCGGCAAGAAGGGCCUGGCGCCGCGCGACAUGACGGCGCUCUCCGGCGCGCACACCAUCGGCUACGCCCAGUGCCAGUUCUUCCGCGGCCACAUCUACAACGACACCAACGUCGACCCGCUGUUCGCCGCCGAGCGCCGCCGCCGCUGCCCCGCCGCGUCCGGCUCCGGCGACUCCAACCUGGCGCCGCUCGACGACAUGACGGCGCUCGCCUUCGACAACGCCUACUACCGCGACCUGGUCGGCCGCCGCGGCCUGCUCCACUCCGACCAGGAGCUCUUCAACGGCGGCUCGCAGGACGAGCGGGUGAAGAAGUACAGCACCGACCCGGACCUCUUCGCCGGCGACUUCGUGGCGGCGAUGAUAAAGAUGGGGAAGAUAUGCCCGCUCACCGGAGCAGCCGGCCAGAUCAGGAAGAACUGCAGGGUGGUCAACAGCAGCUGAGCUAGCAAGAUGAUGAUCACCUACUAUUUCUUGAUUACUUUUCACAGUUUUUUACGGCGUACGGUUAUUUCAACUUAACUCAUUUCUGUAAUAAGUUCGUUUGUUUUAAUCUCCGAACUUCUUGUCACGGUAUUUGUAAUUUAAUUUGUUUAUUUGUACCUCUGAGCUUGUUGCAGUAUUUGUCGUUUAAUUUGUUCGUUUGUAACUCUGAGCUUGUUGUGAUAUUAAUUAUCAAGCAAAA